UUAUUUUUCUCCAUCUCUCAUUUAUCUCUCUUUCCUUUCCCUCCUCCUCUGCAUUUCUCUCACUUUGCCUCUCCAACUUCUCAAGUCCAGCCUUCCGUUCCUAUUUAUUUACCCUCCCACCAGCCCUCCUCUUCCCCUUUACGCUUCGUCCUCUGUCACUCUCUUCUUCCUGUUGCCUUCUACGUUUCUGUGCGUUUUUAGAACCUAUUCUCUUUUCUCUCUCCCGUCUAUCGCCCCAUUCCUUGCUCCUCCCCUGUCUUUUAUACUAUUUCGCGGCAAUCUCUUUAAAUUCCGUAUCCCACCUCUAAAAACAAUAAACUGUCUUAACUCUUGAUUUCUUUGGCUUAUCGGAAAGUAUGAUGUCAAGGCAAUACCCCAUCUGAAAUGCCAUCCAGUGCGUCUCUGGACGCCUGAAGCAGCACAUAGAUUUGGUAAAGGCAAUUUUCUGUUAUUUUCUCUAGUAUUGAAAGAGGGGACAGAGGGUGUGUAGCCCACUGUGAUAUACGCCAAUACAGUCCUGUGGUCACUGGUCUUAACCAAUGAUUGAAUGGUUUUAACCUGAUAAUAAAUAGUUGAUCUCCAGUCUGCUUUCAACGUCCAGCUCCACGGGAACUGUCACCGGAUGUCGCAUGAGGGACUCUCCCAUUGAAUUCACUCCUGGAGAAUAGUCAUGAUGGUGUCAGCGACAGGGUGGAUUCUCUUCUGCCUCUUGCUACUGGGGGAGAGAACAGCACUUGACUGUGGGGAACUGCAGUGCUCUCUGUCUCCAGCGGGGGAGCAUCACCCUGUGCAGGGGCUGUUGGAGCGCUUUGAGGCCGGCCCGGGCUGUGCAGCCAGAGAGAGCGGGGAGAAAGAGACCCAUGUGAUCGCUGUGGGGAGAGGGACACGCAGCCCUGACAAACAGGUGACUGUGCUCCUGAGACCCCUGUCUCUGACUCAUCCCCCCCGUCAAACCCUCAUCCUGGUACUGAGCUCCAAGCAACCAGUGCGCUGGUGGCUGGAGGCUGAGAGACUACCCCCGGAUCUGCCUGUGCUGGUGCAGGUCUCUCCUAACUCUACAGUGCAGCCCUACAGUCUGGCUGUGCAGGUGCAGCCUGUGCCCUCUCUGCCUUUCCGUCCGCAGGCUUUGCUGCGCUGGGCAAUGUAUCGCCAUGGCUCCCUGUCCUCCCUCACACACACAGCCAGUGCCAACCGCGUCUACGUCCGCGUGGGCGAGGAUACCACCAUGCCCCGCGUGUGCCAGCUGCAGUCUCUGUUCCUGUCACACAACUACCUGACCUCUGACCUGCAGCCACAGGAAGUACAGGGCUGUGCUCCAGUUGGCGGAGGCGACCCAGAAGUACAUGUCAUCAAGCUCCAUUCAGCAGGGUCAGGGCUUUGUGGCUCUCUGCAGGUGGAGGUGACUAUUUCUCUGGUGCCCCCAGUGGCCAAUGCUGGGUGGCACAAGUUGGUGCUGAUCCUCACUAGUGCCGUUCCAGUCAACUGGGCUCUCACAGUCCCAGGGCUCCGGGGACACAUCUCUGUCUAUUCCUCCAACAGCGUGUCCCCACUCUACCCUCCAGAGCCUGGCCUGACACUGACUAGCAUGCUCACCUCUGACCUCUCUACCACCCAUGACCUUUUGAGCUGGGCCAAUCAGAGUGGCUUUCCCAAAGUGGCCUCAUACACAGAGGCUGACCUGGCCAAUCACUUUGUGAUCAGACUGGCUGGGGGAGGGACAGAAGGUGGCCCCCCUGUGCGUAUGCUGGAUGGCAGGCCCCCUUGGGUCCAGGAGCGCAGGCUGAGACAGUGGCUGAGUGAGGGAGGUGGAAGGACCAGUGGGGGCUGGGAGGCCGUCAGUGUGCAGUGUCAGGACGGACGACUCAACGUGGCCGUGGACAGACACAUUCUGCAGACCCUGUCUCUCCCGGUGUCAGAGGUGACACUGCGGGAUCCUCAGUGCCUGGCCCAGUCCAACAGCAGCCAUUUCUUGUUGGCAUUCCCGGUCAUUUCCUGUGGGACUGAAGGGCUGCUGCAGGGAGAGCCCAGAGGGGUACAGUACAAAAACGCGGUUUUGCUAUGGAGAAACAAGCCUCUGGUUGCCGUGGGCAAUGAGACAGACGAGGAGCCCACAGAGUGGACUCCACUGGUCAUACAUUUCAGCUGUUUUGCUGCAGUCCCCAGUGUCCCAAGCCUUCCUGUGGAGCAGCCCACUCUGCAGGGGCCGGAGCCCCUCCCAAGGGCCAGGGCCGGCCCACUGGUCUCACUGCAGCUGUUUGUUACAGAGGGCUAUGAGCAGAGGCAGACCGGUCCUUGUACCAUCACCGCUGACAACCGUGUCUAUGUGGAGCUUUCCGCCAAGGGAGCUCUUGGUGGGGGUGUGGAGGUGCGGUCCUGCAUGGUGUCUCCCCUAUCAGACCCCCGUGUGUCCCCUGGCUGGUCAGUCAUUAGAGACAGCUGCUCCACUGACUCCUCACUGACACUCAGCAACAUGACACAUGGCCAAGAGGAUGAGGAGGAAGAGGAGGAUGAGGAGGAAUUUUAUGAAGAGGAAGAGGAGGUACCUACAGUCCUAUCAUUCAGGCAUCCAGGAAGGGCUUGGAGGAACAAAGCAGGAUUGAGAAAAAGAGAACACGGUGGGAAGAGGGGACGAGGAGGACGAGCCAAAAGGAAGGAGAGCGAUGGAGGAAUGGGAGGAGAGGAGGACCAGAUACACAGGCUGAGGUUCAGUUUUGUCCUUCGGCCCAUCUACAACAACUCUGUCCAGUUCCUGCACUGUCGCAUCCGUCUGUGUGGCCCUGAGUCAGUGACCCAGGGGCCUCCAACGGCCAUAAUACAGAGUGGCUGUCUGAAUCCCUGGGGCCUCCGUAUCCCUGCCCUCGUAUCUAGACUACCCAACCAACAGUGUGAGUACAGAAACUUCUCCAGACCCAUGCUGGUCUAUCAGCCUGUUGGUGUGGCCAGACAGCUGGCGCCACCUGCUGGUCAGAGAGGUCAAAUGCCCAGUGUGUCUCAGCUACCCAAGCCUAUCCCAGCCCACAGCAGCUCUGGGGUAGACACAGGCUCAGUGUUGGGGAUUGUGUUUGUUGCUUUCCUUCUGGGCAUCAGCCUGAUGGGGGCGCUGUGGUACAUCUACUCUCACACAGGGGCUCCUCCACCAACCAGAAGAGGGGGCCUGAUCGAGAAUACUAACCCUGCCUUAUUAGACUCUUCCAACAGCUCUGUGUAGAGGUGAGAUGGAACGUGAUAAGAGUGGAACAACACACACAGCAGCUGGGAGACCACAAAGUAAAGAGAAUGUCAAAUUUAGACUAGUAUUCUAUAGACUUAUCAUGGUGUCACUAGCGCCCUUUGUGAAUUAGUCAAGCACCUGCAGAUUGCAAUAGUGAUAUCUCGUAUCAUGUGUAAGAAAUACAAUAUUAUCAUUCUCUAUCUCAUUUUCAGUGUUUCCUCUGGUAAAUCUGAGACGGAGGGUAAAGUGGGACAGAAGAUGAAACACCUGGUGUGUGUCUGUGAGUGUGUCAGACCUGGGUUGAAAUACAUGCGUAUUUAAGUAUUUGUUAUUUAAAUACUUAUUUUCUGUGUAUUUUUGUAUUUUCAAAUAAUCAGCUAUUUUUACUUGAAGUAUUUAAAAAUAACUUCCUAUAAAUAGCAGAAAUUAUUUUCAAAUACAUUAUUUCAAAAACCCAAGGACCAAACAGACCUGGGUUCAAAUGCAUGCAGUAUUUUAAUAUUUGUAUUUGAAAAUAGUUGAGCAUUUCCAAAUUCAUUCCAAUAUUUAAGUACUGAAAAAUAUACAGAUACUUACUUCGAAAUGUCUUUGAAAGUAAUUGAAAUACCCUAAAUAGUUUUUGAACCCAUGUCUGGUGUGUGUAAAUACAUAUACACUGAGUAUACAAAACAUUGAGAAAACCUGCUCUUUCCAUGACAUAGACUGACCAGGUGAAUCCAAGUGAAAGUUAUGAUCCCUUAUUGAUGUCCCUUGUUAAAUCCACUUCAAUCAGUGUAGAUGAAGAGGAGGAGACAGGUUAAAGAAGGAUUUUUAAGCAUUGAGACAAUUGAGACAUGGAUUGUGUAUGUGUGAAAUUCAGAGAGUGAAUGGGCAAGACUAAAUAUUUAAGUGCCUUUGAAUGGGGAAUGGUAGUAGGUGCCAGGGACACCAGUUUGUGUCAAGAAUUGCAACGCUGCUGAGUUUUUCACCCCCUGCAGUUUCCCGUGUGUAUCAAGAAUGGUCCACUACCUAAAGGACACAACUGUGGGAAGCAUUGGAGUCAACAUGGGCUAGCAUCCCUGUAGAACGCUUUCGAUACCUUGUACAGUCCAUGCCCCAACUAAUUAAGGCUGUUCUGGGGGCAAAAGGGGGGGGGGGGUGCAACUCAAUAUUAGGAAUGUGUCCUUAAUGUUUUGUAUACUUGGUGUACACAUGCUUGUAGCAAUGAGAUGUGUAAAGGUCUGAAAGACUGAGACUACAUGAAUGUCUACACGUACAUGGCCUCAGCAACUCCUCAAAGUGUUGGAAGAAAUACUAUUCAGUGCAUCUGAUCCAUUACACUGUAUCUACAAUGUCAUAACCUGGGCUCAUAGAAUGGAAUGGUGUGAUUACUGGCUAUAGGACGAGCAUCAAUCUGAACCUAGUCUAAUGUUAAAACAGAAAUAAGCACUACAGAGUUUAAAGAGGAGGAACACAUGAAGUCAAAUAUAUGUCAUGAGUAGAAUAUGUGUGAGGGGAAUUGUCAUUAUCCAGAUCCUUAUUGUAUAUAUCUAUGUUGUAACUGUGACCCUUUGUUUGAUAUUAUCUGUGCUGUUGCUAUUUAAAUUAAAUAUCUGUGACUGAG